CGGUGGUAGCAACUAGCGAAGCUGCCCUUACCAGCCGGCUAACGGGUGGCAUAACAGUUUUUAUAGUAGAGGUUUUUUUCCUUGUCCAUAAAGAUGACCGUAGAAAACGUGAAUAGUUACAACCGCUUGUGGGUAGAUCGCCCACAAACGUUAGCGGUCAUAUCGGAUUUCUUCAUCUUCAUGACUGGUGGCAUGAAUCUGGCUGUCAGCGUCGGUUGGUCAAAAAGAGAAUACACUCAACAGUUCCGCAUCUGUUGGUAUAUUGGCGUAGCGAUUGGGGCCUUCAUUGCUCCGCCACUUGUCCAGUGGAAACGCAAACGGUUGUUUAUUAUACUUCCCAACAUCCUAGUCGCCGCUUCGGCCAUUAUCGCUGUCUCAGGCUACCAGUAUCUAGGCGUACUAAUCGCAUCUCGUUAUAUUGACGGCAUUUGCAUUGGACUUGCCACAGUAUCCUUUAUAACGCACGUCAGUGAAAUUUCCUCUGAACACCGUCGUGGUUUCUGUUUGGCUUUCGAACAAAUUGGCCUCGCUAUUGGUGUCUACAUUCAAAUGCUCUACACCGCACUCUGGAUAACUGGCACUAACUUUAGCCCAAAUCUUCUGAUGGGCCUGUGCAAUCUAUUCUUCGGCUGUGUUGCUGCCUUUAUGACAUACACCCAAGUUGACUCGCCCGUUUUCCACAUGCGAAAAGCUGAUGAACCUAACGCUGUAGCCUGCGUAAAUAUUCUUUACCAGCCACCAAUCAUGACCGAAAACAAACAAGAUGUAAUCACCGAAAUUAAAAUGUAUGUGGCCAUGAACACUACGAUGUCAGUGGGCAAAAGUAUAUUAAAGGGAUUGAUGCCACUGAUCAAAAUGAUAAUCUAUCGCAGCAUGCUUUCGUUCAUCAUAGCGCUGCCGAUUAUGUUGGCGCUAAAUAAUGGUGGUUUGGUGAGUGCACCAAACGUUAUCAAUUGGCAUCCGAUACUGUACGGAUUUCUCGGCUUGCUCGGCCCCGUUGUGGGAUCGACAACACUGGGUGGCAUAGGACGCAAAUGGUUGAGUUUGGGAGCUUUGGCGGUCGCAGGAGGCAUGUUUCUCGGCGUGGGUAUAAUCUAUCAUGAAAAGUCAAAUAUGACAAAUGAGGUAAAAAUGUCAAUGGUUUGUGCCCUGCUGAUGAUCGCUCAAUUCCUGGGUGGCAUUUUCGCGCCCAGUACAACAGUUUACCUCGGCGAGGCAUUCCCGCUCAAGGUCAAACCCUAUUUCAUUGGAAUUUGUGUGAUUGUGCAAAAUAUUGUUGGAUUGAUUAUAGUUGUCACAUUCAACUACGAUUCGUACAACGAGUUUGUUUUCUGCAUCACUGUGGGCGUAAUUAUGAUUUUUUUCGCUAUGGUUUUCUGCUUCACUCUGCCAGAAACCAGAAAAACGAAACUGCGUGAGGCACAAGAACAAUUCGCAUAUUUCUUUAAUUUUAAGAUUUCAUAAUUCAUAAGUUUUGAGCUGUCAGAAAAGCUUUUUUAGAGGGAUUUUGUAAUUUUGUAAAGCUUUCGUAGCAAAAAAACUGUGCUUAACAUUCGUAUGACUAAUUUUGUAAAGCGUUUUAACAGUGUUUUUACCACUCCGAAAUAGAAUUGUGCGUUCACGUAAACGAUUUCUAAAAGCUUUUGUUGAGUGUUUUUGUCAUUUUAUAAAGCUUUCAUAACCAUAAAACUGUGCUCAGCACUCGCUUAACUGAUUAUUUAAAGCUCGCCGAAAAUAUUGCUGCUGCGAAAGCUUUAUUUAACAUAUAUUCAAAGCUUUCUCUAUUGCUCGGCGAAAGUAUUACUGUUGUGAAAGCUUUAUUAAUUUUUUUAUUCAAAGCUUUUACUUCAGCGGCAUAAUAGAAAAAUUCAAAAGAGCGAUUAUUUGUUAUAUUUAGCUUAAAGAUUUAUAUUUCAUUAUUUUACUCGAUUUAAAAUUAUAGCAAUUUUCUAAUGUAUUAAGUUUAUAUAAAUAUUAUUUCAUAAGCAUCA